GGGGGCUCAACUGCGCAUGCUUCAUGAGCAGGGCAGAACCGGAUGUACCUAGCCGCUAAAGGCUAAACCAUGGGUUCUAUGUACAGCCUAGUGAGCCUACCCAUGGAAGUAUCCAUGAAUCCACCGUAAACACAGCAGUCUCCUGGAGUUUUUCAGAAAUGGAGAAUGUGCUUUUAGCCGUGGAAGAUGACGACCUUUACUCGGGUUAUAAUGACUACAACCUCGCAUUCGACACCGAGGAGCUGAAUAAUGAUGUCGGCUUCCAGCAAGCAGUGAGAACCAGUCAUGGUAGAAGACCUCCUAUGACAGCCAAGUUCCCAGGCACUGCCGUUGGCUCUCGGCCGCUAGUCUCAUCACUUGGGGCUCGGGGCCCGCUGGCUUCCUCGCUAGCUUCCUCGCUGGGCCGGCCAGUGACUGGAGCAGUGCAGGAUGGAAGUGCACGACCCAUGACAGCCAUCCGGGCAGCCGGCUUCACCUCAACCCUGACCAAAGGCAGCACCUUUGAUCCACUUGGUCAGUCCAGAGGUCCAGCUCCUCCCCUGGAGGCCAAGAAUGAAGACCUGCCUGAGGAGAAAAUCAAGGUGCUUGAGAAGAGAGUGAAUGAGCUGAUCGAGGAGAGCUGCAUGGCCCACGGCAUAGGCUCCUCACAACUGGCUCUUGAAAAGGCGAAAGAAGCUGGCAGGAAGGAGCGUGCACUGGUUAGGCAGAGGGAGCAGGCGGGGAAUGUGGACCAUGUCAAUCUAGACCUGACCUACUCUGUGCUACUUAACCUGGCCAAUCAGUAUGCCAACAAUGAGAUGUACCUGGAGGCCCUCAACUCCUACCAGGUCCUCAUCAAGAACAAAAUGUUCAGCAACGCAGGCCGACUAAAGGUCAAUAUGGCUAACAUUUACAUGAAGCAGAAGAACUAUCCCAAAGCCAUCAAAUUCUACCGCAUGGCUCUGGACCAGAUCUCCAAUGCCCACAAGGAGGUGCGCAUUAAAAUCCAGCAGAACAUUGGCCUGGUCUUUGUGCUCAUGGGACAGUACUCGGACGCAAUCACCUCCUACGAGCACAUCAUGAGCGAGUGCCCCAACAUCAAGGCUGGCUACAACCUGCUACUGUGCUACUUUGCCCUGGGAGACCAAGACCGCAUGAAGACUGCCUUUCAGAAGCUCAUCUCUGUCCCUCUCAACAUCGAUGAUGAGGACAAGUACAUCUCACACAGUGAUGACUCCACAUCCAACAUGGUCAUCGAGGCUAUCAAGAAUGACCGGCUUCAUCAGAUGGAGAGGAAUCUAAAAACUCAGGCUGAAAAGUACAUUAUGACAGCAGCCAAACUCAUUGCUCCAGCCAUUGAGUCAUCCUUCGCUGUGGGCUUUGACUGGUGUGUGGAGAUGGUGAAGAACUCUCAAUAUGUGGAAUUGGCCAAUGACCUGGAGAUAAACAAGGCCAUCACCUAUCUCCGCCAGAAGGACUUCAAUAAGGCUGUGGAGACUCUGAAAACAUUUGAGAAGAAGGACAGUCGAGUCAAGAGCGCAGCGGCUACUAACCUUUCUGGCCUCUACUUUCUGGAGAAGGACUUUGAGCAGGCUGACCGCUAUGCUGACCUGGCCAUGAGCGCAGACCGCUACAACCCUGCUGCUCUCACCAACAAGGGCAACACCGUGUUCGUCCAGCACGAUUACGAGAAGGCUGCCGAGUUCUACAAGGAAGCACUACGGAAUGACUCUUCCUGCACAGAGGGCCUCUACAACCUGGGACUGACUUAUAAGAGGCUGAAUCGACUGAAGGAGUCUCUGGACUGUUUCCACAAGCUCCAUGCCAUUCUGAGGAACUGUCCACAGGUCAUGUACCAGCUCGCUUCUCUCUAUGAGCUGGUAGAGGAGCCUCCUCAGGCAAUGGACUGGCUCAUGCAGGUGCUCAGUGUGGUGCCCACAGACACUAAAGUGCUGGCCAAACUGGGCGAGCUGCAUGACCGUGAGGGAGACAAGUCCCAGGCCUACCACUACUACUAUGAGUCUUACAGGUACUUUCCGUCUAACAUCGAUGUGAUCGAGUGGCUGGCAGCUUACCACAUAGAGACACAUUUCUAUGAGAAGGCCAUUCCGUACUUUGAAAGAGCCAUGCUAAUACAACCAACAGAAGUCAAAUGGCAGCUCAUGGUCGCAAGUUGCUUCAGAAGAAGUGGAAACUACCAGAAAUCCUUGGAAACAUAUAAAAAAAUCCACAGCAGGUUUCCAGAGAAUAUGGACUGCCUGCGCUUCCUGUUGAGGCUGUGCUCUGACAUGGGCCUGGCAGAUGCUCAAGAGUACGCCGGGAAACUCAAGAAGCUAGAAAAGAUGAAGGAGCUACGGGAACAGAGGGUGAAGUCGGGACAUGAAGGCAGUGCCAAGCACCGGAGGGAGGGCAGUGCUGGGAGUUCAGACAGUGGUCACAGCAGCAGCAGUCAUGGAGAGCGCCUGAGCACUAGACUCCGCUCACUGCCUGGGAACCACGAGCCCUACGAGACCAGCAGCCCCAAGGAACUGGACGCAUCGUACGUGGACCCCCUAGGGCCGCAGGUGGACAGGCCCAAGACUGGAGCCAAGAAGCGGCAGGAAGAGGACUUUGAGGAUGAGGAGCUGGGGGACGACUUGCUGCCUGAGUAGUCCCCUGAGGACGAGAAGCUGGGGGAUGUCCUGCUGCCCGAGAAAUCCCUGCCUACAACAUUGAUCUGGAGCACUGAUCUGCUUUCACCUGUACCUUUACCUUAUUGAAUUGUUUCCUGUUUGUUUUUUUGGCAUCUAAAGGUCCUAUAUUACACAAAAUUGACUCUGCAGGGUUACUUGUUAAAAUACUGUUACCGCAUCAAAAACAUAUCUGGAGUUAAGUUUGGCUUUAUUCAUGCAUGCUUUAGUAACCCUUUAUUAUUGGUCUGUCGACAUCUCCCAAGUGCCAAAUGCUGCAAGCUUGUGAUGUCAUGAAACAGUAAUUUAAGUCAACAACUACCUUUUGUUCAGUAAAAACUGACAAUUCCAGAUGAUUCUAGUGAAGGUGUAUGGAGUUUUAAAAACACCGUGAAGCACUUCCUGUGAUGGAACAGUGUUUCCAGUUUUAGGGAACAACAGAGCCUAAAUAUGAGAUUUGUGUGUUAAACAUGCAUGAAUGAAACACAAUACAACUCCAGGUAUGUUUUUGGUGAGUAAGCAAGUUAACAGAUCAGAAAAUAGUGUAAAAUUGGCCCUUUCAACUCUUAAGAAUUUUAACGCAUACCUUUUCAUGAUCGUCAUAUUGUCAUUACUUUUGGCAAUUUUUGCAAAAGUAUUUUUUAUUUUCCUAUUAAUUUGUUUGUAUUAAGUUUUCCACAAUAAAAGUGCUGUUUCUGCUUAAAAAUACUUGAUAAAAGACAGUAUAUAAGAGCUCAGUCAUUCGCCAUUGCAGUUUCUAGUUGGAGUUUCAAAUAAAGAUAUGGACUCCUGUCAGUG